AGGCUGUGACCCCUUCACUUCAGCGAUGCUCACCUAAGGAAGCACCGAGACGUGGUGAGAGCGGUUCAAGGGAGGAUUCGGGCGUGAACUUCCAGUCCUCUAGCAUUCUAUAAAUCGAAAUUUUCUAGCUGUUGCCGCUCACUAUCAUCUGGGGGGCCCUGUUAGAAUAGCAACGCCAACUGUAAACGCGCGGGCGGGUAGUUAGCAAACAACCCAGUCGGGGCGCGGGUAGCGGAGGCCACCUGACCGCACAGGCACGGCGGGCCCGGGCCUCACCCCGUCCAGGAGGAGGAUACGGCCUGCGCAGGAGCUGGUGGUGAAAAACUCUUCCCGCGAAUUCAGCAGCUCCACAACCUCCGCCGCGUCCUCGUCCACACUGCCUUUCCGGCUGAGGUCCGCCUUGCUGAGACUCUGCGCCUUCCAUCGGCGGAACUCUGCGCUGAGGUCCAUGCGCGAGCGACAGGGAGCUGGCGCUCGGCUUCGGAACCCGUCUCCCUUCUCUGUGGGCGCAGCCAUAUUGCCGCCACGGUGGCCAGAGAGGACCAAACUUCUCCAUCCGUGCCGUCGGCGGAUUCCAGCCUCCGCCCCCCAGCAGAGGAGGGGUUAAGAGGCGGAGCCUUGAAAAAGUUGGAAAAGACCGGCCCAUCUCUUUUGCCAAGGAACUUCUGGAGCUUAGGAGCUUUUGAUUUCUACUCUAGAGAAGGUCUCUAGAUCACCAUGGCAACUGGACAGAAGUUGAUGAGGGCUGUUCGAGUGUUUGAAUUUGGUGGACCCGAAGUGCUGAAACUCCAGUCCAAUGUGGCAGUUCCUGUCCCAAAGGGCUGUCAGGUUCUAAUCAAAGUCCAUGCCUGUGGCAUCAACCCAGUAGAGACAUAUAUUCGUGCUGGCACCUACAGUCGAAAACACGCCUUACCCUUCACUCCAGGCACCGAUGUGGCUGGGAUCAUAGAAUCUGUUGGAGAGAGUGUGUCAGCUCUCAAGAAAGGUGACCGGGUCUUCUGCACCAGCACAAUUUCUGGUGGUUAUGCAGAGUUUGCUCUUGCAGCAGAUCACACUGUCUACACCCUGCCAGAGACACUGGACUUCAGGCAGGGGGCUGCACUUGGGAUCCCGUACUUCACAGCCUGCCGUGCGCUGUUCCACAGUGCUCGUGUGCAAGCUGGGGAAAGCGUCUUGGUUCAUGGGGCGAGUGGAGGAGUUGGAAUAGCUACGUGCCAGAUUGCCAGAGCUCAUGGCUUAAAAGUUUUGGGCACAGCUGGUUCUGAGGAAGGAAAAAAGCUUGUUCUGCAAAAUGGAGCUCAUGAAGUGUUUGAUCACAAAGAAGUUAAUUAUAUUGAUAAAAUCAAGAAAUCUGUUGGUGACGAGGGGGUUAAUGUGAUUAUUGAGAUGCUGUCGAAUGUCAACCUGAGUAAUGACUUGAAGCUUCUGUCCCGCGGAGGACGGGUAAUCGUUGUUGGCUCUCGAGGUCCUAUUGAAAUAAACCCAAGGGACACUAUGGCAAAGGAGACGAGUAUAAUUGGAGUUUCUCUCUUUUCAUCCACCAAGGAGGAAUUUCAGCAGUUCGCAGGCAUCCUCCAAGCAGGAAUGGAAAAAGGCUGGGUGAAACCUGUGAUAGGUUCUGAGUACCCAUUGGAGAAGGUGGUCCAGGCCCAUGAAGACAUCAUCCAUAGCAGUGGGAAGACUGGGAAAAUGAUUCUUCUCCCAUGAUGACCAACUCUUUCUGGGACGCCCUUGUGUCACUGUGACCUCUUCCUCCCCAAGUCUUUCUUCCGUCUGUCAUCUUUAAUCAGCAUUCAUUUCAUUGGGUUUCAUGUAUUAAAAACUUUCGGGGUAGACACAGUGGAGUAACACCAUAGCAGAGGGCAGCAUGCAGCCUUAUGUAGGGCUGGCAUGCAUCUCAAAACUGGGUUUGCUUCUUUCUCUUGGUUUUCUUGGUUUGGUUUAGUGUUUCUGUUUUGU